GGACCUUUCAUAAGGCAGGGGAGCCCCAGCCGAGCGGGGACAGCCAGCAGGAAGGGCAGCUUGGCGGGGCCUCAGGAUGGACCCCCUCGAGGACACGCUGCGGCGGCUGCGGGAGGCCUUCGGCUCGGGGCGGACUCGGCCGGCAGAGUUCCGGGCUGCGCAGCUCCAGGGCCUGGGCCGCUUCCUGAAGGACAACAGGCAGCUGCUGCUGGACGCGCUGGCCCAGGACCUGGGCAAGUCCAACUUUGAGGCGGAGGUGUCUGAGAUCGCCAUCAGCCAGAGCGAGGUCGACCUGGCCCUCAGGAACCUGCAGACGUGGAUGAAGGACGAGAAGGUGUCCAAGAACCUGGCCACACAGCUGGACUCGGCCUUCAUCCGCAAGGAGCCCUUCGGCCUGGUGCUCAUCGUCGCGCCCUGGAACUACCCGCUGAACCUGACGCUGGUGCCCCUGGUGGGGGCCAUCGCUGCAGGGAACUGUGUGGUCCUGAAGCCCUCCGAGAUCAGCAAGAGCGUUGAGAAGGUGCUGGCCGAGGUGCUGCCCCGCUACCUAGACCAGAGCUGCUUGGCUGUGGCCCUGGGUGGGCCCGCGGAGACCGCGAGGCUGCUGGAGCACAGGUUCGACUACAUCUUCUUCACAGGGAGCCCCCGUGUGGGCAAGAUCGUCAUGGCCGCCGCUGCCAAGCACCUGACCCCYGUCACCCUGGAGCUGGGGGGCAAGAACCCGUGCUACGUGGACGACGACUGUGACCCCCAGACCGUGGCCAACCGCGUCACCUGGUUCCGGUACUUCAACGCCGGCCAGACCUGCGUGGCCCCGGAUUACGUCCUGUGCAGCCCCGAGACGCGCGAGCGCCUGCUGCCCGCCCUGCAGAACGCCAUCACCCGUUUCUAUGGCGACGACCCCCAGGGCUCCCCCAACCUGGGCCGCAUCAUCAGCCAGAAGCAUUUCAAGCGGCUCCAGGGACUGCUGGGCUGUGGCCGGGUGGCCAUCGGUGGCCAGAGCGACGAGAGCGAGCUCUACAUCGCGCCCACUGUGCUGGUGGACGUGCAGGAGACGGAGCCCGUGAUGCAGGAGGAGAUCUUUGGGCCCAUCCUGCCCCUGGUGACCGUGAGGAGCCUGGAUGAAGCCAUUGACUUCAUCAACCGGCGGGAGAAGCCCCUGGCCCUGUACGCCUUCUCCAACAGCUCCCAGGUGGUCCAGCGGGUGCUGGCCCAGACCAGCAGCGGGGGCUUCUGCGGGAAUGACGGCUUCAUGCACAUGACCCUGGCCAGCCUGCCUUUCGGAGGAGUGGGUGCCAGCGGGAUGGGCAGGUACCAUGGCAAGUUCUCCUUUGACACCUUCUCCCACCAUCGUGCCUGCCUGCUCCGAAGCCCGGGUAUGGAGAAGAUCAACGACCUCCGCUACCCUCCCUACUCACCACGCAAUCUGAGGGUGCUAUUGGUGGCCAUGGAGGAGCGCAGAUGCAGCUGCACACUGCUCUGAGCCCGCAGGUGCUGGGGCACCAGCCUCCCUCCCCUCAUGAAGCAGCCAGAGAUGUGGGCUAGGGCACAAGGAGACGCCCAGGUGACAGAGCAGCUUGCUCAGCCUCACCCUCCAGGGGAUUUCCUUUUCUGACGCUUAGCUGCCCCAUAAUGAGGACAGGCUGAGGACGGGAGCACAGGAACAGUGCAGAGACCUGCCUCUACCCCCCAUGUCAUCCAUCAUGUCCCGGAAGAAGAGAGCAAACGUGGCACCUCUGAGCCACUUGCCUUCCUGCAGAGGGUGCAGCAGAGGAGCCCUGGCAUGGGGUCCAGGCCACAGCAUGGAAGCUGUGUGAGCAGGUCAUCACUGUCUUCUGUGAGCCUCAGUGUCCCCACCUGCAGUGCUGGUGGAGAUGAUGACACCUCUGAAGAUUGUUACAAAGAUUAAAUCCCGAGUUGCUGACCAUGAGCUCCAGGUGUCCUUUUAUUCUUGGGGUGCAAGGCCAGAGUGGGUGAGGGACAGGGGGCUGCCUCCCUCUCCUCUCCCUCCAGGCAGGGCUGAGAUUCCUGCAGCAGCACUGCCCUUUGCUUCAGCAGCCUCUCAGAAGCUCUGCCUGCCUCCCGGUGAGCAUGUCCAACCCCAACUCCUCACCAUCCUGCUCAUCCUUGGGGCUCCAUUCACUCAUCUGCCACCAGGACCAAAACCCUGUGGCUCCUGCUGGACGCCCUAUCUCCUCCCCCAGGUCACAGCUUUGAACACGUCCUGGUGAACCUGUAACACCCCAGGAUUGCUCCAACUCAUACACAAAUCACAACACCAGGGCCGGGCCUCGAGCAGGACACUAUCACCUCACUUCUCCCUCUGGCCUAGCUCCUCUCCCCACGCUACCCACCAAUCUUCCAAAAUUAGGCAGGACCAUGCCACCACUCGGCCAGAGACCCCUCAGUGGCAACCUGUAGCUGACAAGUCCCUCAUCUGCUUCAGUCCCUAGAAGGCUCUUGUUCUGCUCCCCUCUCCCAGGACUGCAGUCACCAGGCCGCCACCCUCGGACCCGCGCUGGACAAGCUUUCUCGGUCCUUCCCGGCCUGCCCCACCCUAAUGUCAGCUCAGGCACCGCCUCCUCCAGGAAGCCUUCCCUGUCCACCAUCCCAACACACACAAAGACUGACCCAGGGGCGACUCAGUGCCCGCAGCCCCCGAGGAUCCCUCUACCGCGGAGCGCACAGGAGGAAACAGACGAUGAGAGGCGGGUCCCGAGGCCCACCGGUCCAGGUGCAGACCGCACGCCGCUCCUCGGCGGCCUGACACGUCCCCGCCUCGCUUCCUCAUCUGAGAAGUAAUAGCAACGUUUCUCCAGACUGAGCUCUGAAAACUAGAUGAAGUCGCACGAGUCCAGCGUCUGCGCCCGGGGUCGCCGCCGCGGUUACAGCGGCGUCACCUAGCC